AUGCCCAGCAGGACAUCUGGAUCCGGAGUAUUGACGCUGCAGACCCAAUCCACCACCUCCUCUCCUCGCCAUUCCGGAUAUUACGACGACUUCGACAAGAAGAGCGUCAUGUCGGCAAACUACAUCCCCUCCCGCCCCCUCACCGUCGCCAUACCUCGCAACAUCGCUCAAGGCCCAUACUGCCCUCGUCGGCCAAACCUCUCCGAGAUACUCGCAAACACCGCACCUCCGCCAUGGACCCUUAGUGCCUUCAUGGCCUACCUAUCACAGAACCACUGCCUGGAGACGCUAGAGUUCACAAUGGACGCAUCCCGAUAUCGGAAGCACUACAACAAGAUGGCGAACCGAACACCCGGCGUUCCCAUAUCUCCCACCAGCGAAGAGUGCGUGUACGUCAAGAUGCUCUGGCAGCGACUGCUAGAAGCGUACAUCGCGCCCAACGGCCCCCGCGAAGUCAACAUCCCCGGCGACAUCCGCGACAAGAUCCUCGCCCUCGCCGACUCUCCCGUCCCACCAGGCCCCUCCGCCCUCGAACCUGCCGUGCAGAAAGUUCACGAGCUGAUGGAAGAAUCCGUCCUGGGCCCCUUUCUCAACAGCGUCAGCGCCCAAUCUGCACACCCUGGCACCUUCAACACCUCCGCCGAGGACCUGCGCGCCCAGACCCGCUCGUAUGACGACACCUCCGUCUACCGUCGCAGCCGCAGGGGCUCACCGCCGCCUCACUCCAUGUCGGUCGACAGCCCUGCGUCUGCGUCAGUCGCUUUCAACCGCGUCAGUGCCCCCUCGUCCAUCUCGACGACGUUCGGAGGUAUCUCCCGCGGCUUCGGCGGCCACCACAACCGUUUCUCGACGCAGCAUUCGAACCGCACGAGCGCCGUCACGCCCGUCUCGGCCAACUCGUCGAACAGCACCAACGUCGCCAGCGAUGCGGGAAUGACGGACAGCAACAGCGCGCUGUCGAGCCCGACGAUGAGCAACCUCUCGGAUCCGAUGACGCCGCCUACCACGCCGCCCAUGAGUGAUUAUGGCUACGGUGGCACGGGGCCGCCGGUGGGCGGGACGCCGAGUCCGCGGAGUAGUCGGCAUGAGGGCGGUGGUGGGGGCGGCAUGGGGAAUAGUUGGAAGCGGGUUAGUAGUAAGUUGGGCUGGAAGAAGAAGAGUGUGGGGGGGUUGAGGGAAGAGGAGGUUGAGGGUGCGAUGUUCUAA